AUGCUGAGCGGCGUCCUCUUUUUGAGCGUCCUCACGGUCACAAGCUUGACACCAUCUGAAACGCAGAGCCGCAAAACUUCAGCCUCCAAAGACAUCUGCAAGAACCGCUGCAACUGCGAGGAGCGGGAGAAUAUCCUGAACAUCAACUGUGAGAAUAAAGGAUUUAUCACAGUAAGUCAAUUCUUGGCACCCCCCAAUAAAAUCUCUCAGCUUUUUCUAAAUGGAAACUUCCUGUCAAGGCUUGGAGCUAAUGAGUUUGUCAAUUAUGGCAAUGUCACUUCACUGCAUCUUGGGAAUAAUGCUUUGCAGGAGAUCAAAACUGGCGCUUUUAACGGACUGCGCUUCCUGAAGCGGCUUCACUUGAACAACAAUAACCUGGAGGUGAUUAAAGAGGACACGUUUGCAGGACUUGAGAGUUUGGAGUAUUUACAAGCAGACUAUAAUUAUAUCAGUGCUAUCGAGCCUGGUGCUUUCAGUAAGCUGAAUAAGCUCAAAGUCUUGAUCCUGAAUGACAACCUGCUCUUAUCUUUGCCUCCCAACAUUUUCCGCUUUGUGCUGCUCACACACUUGGAUUUACGUGGCAACCGGCUCAAGAUGCUGCCAUUUGCUGGUGUUUUAGAGCACAUCGGUGGCAUCAUGGAGAUCCAGCUGGAGGAGAACCCAUGGAACUGUACCUGUGAUCUGAUCCCUCUCAAAUCCUGGCUGGACACUAUCUCUGUGUUUGUGGGGGACAUAGUGUGUGAGACACCAUUCAGGCUGCAUGGGAAAGACAUCACCCAGCUCAUAAAACAGGAUCUGUGCCCACGCAGGAAUGCUGGUGAGCGAGUUCACCCCCCCUCUGACUCUCACUUUCAAGGGGCCCUGCCCCCGACCUACCACCCAGGUGGUAUCACCCCAACUCGAGCCCCCAAAGCUUCCCGCCCACCCAAAAUGCGAUAUAGGCCCACUCCUCGCAUUUCAAAGGACAAACACGUCUUUGGGCCCAUCAUGGUUUACCAGACCCGUUCCCCUGUGCCCAUGCUGUGUCCGAGUGUGUGCGUGUGCACAUCACAAAACCCCGACAGCGGACUCAACAUUAAUUGUCAGGAGCGGAAAUUGCAUAACAUCAGUGAGCUGAACCCCAAGCCCUCCUACCCCAAGAAACUCCACCUGACAGGUAACUACUUACAAGUGAUUUACAGGACUGAUCUGACAGAGUACAGCUCGCUGGAGCUGCUCCAUUUAGGGAACAACAGGAUAGCAGUGAUUCAGGAGGGGGCAUUUGAGAACCUCACAAACCUCAGACGCCUGUAUCUGAAUGGGAAUUACAUCGAAUCUCUUUCUCAGUCUCUCUUUGCUGGAUUGCAGUCACUGCAGUAUCUGUAUUUGGAAUACAACAUCAUCAAAGAUAUUUUACCACAGACUUUUAAUGCUUUACACAACCUUCAGCUGCUUUUCCUCAACAACAACCUAUUAAGAUCUCUCCCUGACAACGUGUUUGGUGGCACAAUGCUAACUAGACUCAACUUGAGGAAUAAUCAUUUCUCCUACCUUCCGGUUCGAGGGGUGCUGGACCAGUUGUCAGCGUUUAUCCAGAUAGAUCUGCAGGAGAACCCCUGGGACUGUACCUGUGACAUAGUGGCACUCAAAAACUGGAUGGAGCUAUCCAGUACAAGUGUGGUGGUGAAUGAAAUCACUUGUGACUCCCCCUCUAAACAUGCAGGUCGCCUCCUUCGCUCACUUCGCAAUGAAGCUAUCUGCCCCGAGCCCAGUGAGGCGCCCACGCCACAACAUGCCCCCCCUACAAAAGCCCCCACAGUGAUAAGCCCGGGAACUGAAGCUCCCACACCCACCUCCUCCUCUCCUUCAUCCCCUUCUUCCUCUUCUUUCAGCUCAGUCAGCCCCACUGAAUCCCGAAUCCACACUCCUGAGCUGUACCCCGAGGUUCCUCUUUCAGUGCUGAUUCUGGGCCUUCUUGUUGUUUUCAUCCUCUCAGUUUGCUUUGGAGCAGGUCUCUUUGUUUUUGUUCUGAAGCGCCGCAAAGGAGUGGAACAUGUCCCCACAGGCGCCAACAACCUAGAUCUCAACUCUUUCCAAGUGCAAUACGGCUCCUACACCCCCGAACCCACCCAAGACAAAUCCUCUGAAAGCCACGUUUAUAACUAUAUCCCCCCACCUGUCGGCUCCAUGUGCCAAAACCCCAUCUACAUGCAGAAAGAUGGGGAGCAGGUGGCGUAUUACCGCAACCUGAAGGAGCUCAGCUUCGGGCCCCUGGAUGUAAAGAAGGAAGACAUCCUGACUCGCAGCCCAGGGGCAUACACCAUCAGCACAAUGGAUUUUAUGGAAAAAUCUCCAACAUCAUGUGGUUUGACCACACCAGACCCUCCUGAGAUGUUGUAUCAGAAUUUAGGGGAGAGGCCCAACAAGGAGCUCCCCACAGCUGCAGGCGCCCCCCCUUUCCAUUACAACUUUUGCACAUUACCUAAAAGACCCUGUAUCGUGCCCCCCUAUGAGGUCGCCACAGCCCGGCGGCAUAUCACCAACCAGGACAAGCUGAAUAAAACUGUUCUGUACGGGACCCCCAGGAAAUACUUUGGGGCAGAAAACUGCUCCAAAAACAAUGAACACCCGCUGCUGCUGCCCGGGAAGCUAAAAACAGAACCGGACUACCUGGAGGUUCUGGAGAAACAGACUGCGAUGAGCCAACUGUAA